GUGUGAACAGGCCCUGAGUCCUUCCUUUAUACGUCUCCUUUCUCGUGGAUUCAGUGGCGGCAGAUAUCCAAAAUAUCCAAAAGCCAAGUGGAGUCCCAGCCAAAAGGGUAAAAAGUCUGGUAAAUAAUGGCAGACAUUUACAAACUGGCUGACUUCUUAAACAGGGUGGUCCUCCUAAACCCCUCUCACUAUUCCGUAUACAUGAAUGAUGCAUUUCAUAAAUAAAUAUAAUAAGGUAUCUCUUUAUUUUAGAAUCCAUAUAGGAUUUAACAUUGAGCAGCCCGGUUACAUAAGCCUUCCCGCCUUCACACCACGUGACCUCGUCCUCUACACUACGCGCCCCGUCAUCCUGAUUGGUUACCAUCGCCAUAGGCACGCCUACUUCAAAAAUACAAUAGUGAAGAAUGACGUCACUACAGGGGCCGCCUGCUAUUCUACAACUCAAUUACGCAUCCUACCGGCAAAUGCUCCCAUUGGUUUUCGCCUACACUACGCCACGUAAACAGCGUAGCUCCAUUUCGCGUUAACGACGGAGGAAAGGGAAGACGGCGGCGGCCAUUUUCUGAGGAGAACUCCAGGCUGUUCGGUGGUUUGCCUCUUCAAUUACCGCAUCUCACACGGAGAAACAUAGGAUAACCGCUCCUCGGGACCUCGUAGUCUGUCACACACAGUAGCGACUUCUUACACGGCGGCGGAAGCAGAAUGAGGGGAAGCUUUAUGGAUCGGGACCGCGGCGGGAUUGGUGGCAAUCGUUUUCCAAAAUUUGGUAACCCUGGAGAACGUCUCCGUAAGAAGCGAUGGGACUUAAACGAGCUUCCAAAAUUUGAGAAGAACUUUUACUCAGAACAUCCUGAAGUAGCUCGCAUGUCAAUACAUGAAGUUGAAGAACUGCGUAGAAAGAAAGAGAUAACUGUCCGAGGGUUGAACUGCCCAAAACCUGUUGCCUCUUUCCUACAUUCAAAUUUUCCUCAGUAUGUUAUGGACGUUCUCAUUGAUCAACGAUUUAAGGAACCCACUCCAAUCCAGUGCCAGGGAUUUCCCCUUGCAUUGAGUGGAAGAGACAUGGUGGGAAUUGCCCAGACUGGAUCUGGAAAGACACUUGCGUAUCUGCUGCCUGCAAUGGUGCACAUCAACCACCAGCCAUACUUAGAGCGAGGAGAUGGACCAAUUUGUUUAGUCCUUGCUCCAACCAGAGAAUUGGCUCAGCAAGUACAGCAAGUAGCUGAUGAUUAUGGAAAAACAUCUCGACUGAAGAGUACGUGCAUUUAUGGUGGUGCUCCGAAGGGUCCACAGAUACGUGAUCUUGAAAGAGGUGUGGAGAUUUGCAUUGCCACUCCAGGCAGGCUCAUUGACUUUCUGGAAGCUGGGAAAACCAAUUUGCAGCGAUGUACCUACCUGGUGCUGGAUGAAGCUGACAGAAUGCUUGACAUGGGUUUUGAGCCGCAGAUUCGCAAGAUUGUGGACCAAAUCAGGCCUGACAGACAAACUCUAAUGUGGAGUGCCACUUGGCCAAAAGAGGUGCGUCAACUAGCUGAGGACUUCUUGAGGGAUUAUGUGCAGAUCAAUGUGGGAAAUUUGGAGCUCUCUGCCAAUCACAAUAUUCUCCAGAUCGUUGAUGUUUGCCAAGAGAGUGAGAAGGAUCACAAACUUAUCCAGCUAAUGGAAGAAAUUAUGGCAGAAAAAGAAAACAAAACAAUUAUUUUUGUAGAAACAAAACGUCGAUGUGAUGAACUUACUCGCAGAAUGCGGCGUGAUGGAUGGCCUGCAAUGUGUAUUCAUGGUGACAAGAGUCAGCAGGAGCGAGACUGGGUCUUGAAUGAAUUUCGCAGUGGGAAAGCACCAAUCCUAAUCGCUACAGACGUUGCUUCACGAGGUCUAGAAGCUGCAGAUCACUCUCAGUACAGGGCCAGCUGCCUGUCGAAAAUAGAGGGGGGAUGAACACUGGAAGCUGCCCCGCUAAAAGGGCACUGGCUUCUUACACUCUUCCCUCGCAAAGGUCUUGUACUGAAGAGACAGUUUUUGGGUCUGCAUCUCCGCCCCCUAACUUUCCCACUCCACAUCGGGGUGCAAAUUGUGUGCUUUCCACCCUGACAGCUGGGAUAGGUCUACACCCCCUUACCCUUUAUGGCUGCUGGUAUGAUGCCAUAUUGAAUAGAAGGACCACCUUUCUAGAAGGGAGAUCACCUGGUGCUUUCCACUGUGCUAUCUGCUGAGCAGCUGUGGGAAAGUUCCAAACAAGGAAGACUUGGGAAGUCUCUUGGCUUUCGAAGCAGAAGAAUAGCCCCUUCUGCUGUCUUUCUACAGACUACUGUGACUUCCUCCAUUUACAAAAUGUUUUAGCCCUUCUCUCUAUCUUAAAAUGAGGUAGAAUGCUGCAAGGUAUGUUUCAUUGUCUGCUUUAAACUUAGUGACCCUAAGAAAAAAAAGUGCCAUUUAUAUUGACUUUUUCCGUUAUUUUACUUACCCCCAGCCUAAAGAAGCUCAUGUUAUUUUUACGCCUGAUAACCUUUUUGUAUAUAUAAAUUUGCCUUACCUAAACCACUGCAGAUUGUACUGGAUUUAUCACUUCUACACAAGCGUAAAUAUCCCAAAGCUGAAAUAGCCUGCAGCACUUGUAAAUGAACUUUCUGUAAUAAGAAACAGACCUGUACAAGGCCACCAUUUUUGUUAUUUCUCACAACUGUUAAGUGGGCAUAAGAAACUGUGGGGCUUCCACUUCAGUUUUAACUCUUCACAACAGAUGAGUGGUGGAGGAUGGGGUCUCUCUUCGAAUAUUAACAGGCUCGCUGGAGUUGGAGCUGGAGCUAGUGGUUCACCCACAGAAGCAUCUAGCCAAGCCAGUGCACGUGAUGGGACCUCUUGCUGCGCCUGGACCAUUGAUGCAUGCUCCCUGCUCCGGUGGCCGUGUGUCCGUAGAUGAAGGCGGUAGGACCGCUAAAUGCCAAAUGGAUGGGAUUAGCGACAGCUGGUUCCCCACCUCACUGAGGGAGUGUGCAUCAGUCCGGACAAAAGCUCACCCGAGGAUGAAUCCCAUGAAGUAAUUCGACUUCAGCUCCAUAAUAAGGAACCAAAUGAUUGUGAAAUUGUGUGCCUCUUAUUAAAAUGUUGUGUUCAUUUCUCAUAGGCUUUUAGUUUGAGCAUAUUAGCUUUAAAUAGUAUACAGUUUGAUACUAAUAUUGUAUUUAAAAAACAAAAGAAAAAAAAUCAAGCUCUUGUACUUAACUACAGUUGUUGAUUCACAUAUUUUAAAGGGGUGUUUGGACAAUGAAACCUAUUUUCAACUGUCUAAUAAGUUCACUUCAUUAACCUACUUCCUGUCUAGUGUACAUCCUGUAAUGGACUGUUCCUCCUGUACACUUUAGCUGGGAAUGCAGCCAACUGUCUCCUACCACUUUGACUAUAACCCCACCCACAGUAGCCUCCCAUGUAGGGGGUGGGAGAUAGAGUUGGUUGAAUUCUGAGCUUGUGUACAGAAAGGACAGGAAUCUGGGCUAGUGAAGACAAAAGAGCAGAUGAAAAGCAUUAAAGAACACAGAAAGGUUGUAAAAUAACAAUUUACCAAUAUGUGUGUGUUUAUUAUACAACUGAAAACUGGUAUCAUUGAAAAACCUCUGUCUAAAUGUAUGUAGCUUUCUCUUAGAAAUUAGACAUUUUAUCAGAAAUGGGAAGUAGUGAUCCCUCAGGAUUAUUGAACAAGUUCAGUAAAAUGUUUUGGUAGAAAAAAUAUAUAUAAAUAUGAAGUUUUACAAAGAUAGGUGUAAUUGUUAGUAGUCCUAAUAUUUGUAGUCAUAGUGAAGGUGUCUGUUAAUUUGUUUGUACUUUUUGUUUUUUCCUCUCUACCUCUUUUUGCCUUUGUAAAUGUUUGUGUGUUUUUCUAAGUGUCUUUAGUCCUUUUUUUUUCAGAAUUUUUUAACUUUCUAUUUUUUUUGUCCCUCUCCUCAAUGGUAUUCUUUCCCUGAACA